UCAUGCUCUGGGUAAAUGUGGUAGAGAGUCCUGUCCCUAUUUUACAGGAAAAAUUUAUGAACCGCAGCAUGAAAAUCUACCAAAAGUCUACUUUUUCAUCCCGAAUGAAGAAUUGUUCACACCUGGGCCAAAUAGGAAUCUUCGCUGACACAGUUGGUACCUCAACUGAAAAACUGGGGCUAGAUCCCACUCUUAUUCUCAGAUUAACAGAAGGUGCAGACACAAAAAGGACUGUCCAUGAAUUUAUUAAUGACCAGAGAGACAGAUUUAUGCUCGAGUAUGCUCUGUCAACCAAAAGAAACACAAUUCAGAAGUUUGAAAAACACACAACAAUGAAGGAAAGACAACUCAUGAAAGCAGAAAAAAAGCUCGAAGAAGAUGCAAUGGCUUUUGAAGAGUUCCUUCGAGAAAACGACCAGAGAUCUGUAGAUGCUCUUAAAAUUGCAGGGCACGAAACUAUAAACAAACUCCAAAUGACAGCAGAGCUGAAGAAGGCGAGUAUGGAGAUACAGUCGGUGAAAAGUGAAAUAGCAAAAACAGAAUUCCUCCUUAAAGAGUACAUGAAUUACAGAUUUUUUCUGCUGAAAUUGUCUCCAAAACAAUGGCAAAUCCAGCAAGCAAUGAAGAGGGUGUCAAAGAAUAAAGAAAAUGUGAAUGUCAUGCUUCCAAGUAUAAUGACAAAAUUAAGUACAAGGAGAAGAGAGGGUAACAUGGAGGAGUCCAGGAGGAUAUCAUUUUCAGAAGACUCUUCUCUGGGAAGGGGUAGCCAAGCAAAACUGCACAAGACGACCACUCCCACCCUAGAGCAAAAGAAAUCAUCCUUAUCAAACCGAGCUGAAAGUACCAGUUCAGAAGACAGUUUGGAAUUCUUUUUAGAUGAUGAUAUGGACUAUGAUCUGGAGCCAGAACUUUAUUUCAAAGAACCCGAAGAGUUACUUCAGGUCCUCACAGAGCUGGAAGAACAGAAUCUUACUUUGGUACAAUACUCCCAAGAUGUAGAUGAAAAUCUUGAAGAUGUAAAUAAAAGAGAAAAACUUAUACAGGAUAAAAUAAAUGCCAACAUAGAGUUUCUUUUGGAACACAAGGAAAUGCUUAAGGCUAACUGUGUAAGAGAAGAGGAAAAAGCAGCAGAACUGGAAUUAAGGUCCAGGCUAUUUAGUUUUGGAGAAUUUAAUUCAGAUGCUCAGGAAAAACUGAUAGACUCUCUCAGUAAAAAAAUUAAUCAAGUAUACAAAGUCUGCAUUGGAGAUGCUGAGGUUGGCAGCCUCAACCCAGUUCAAAAGCUGAUAAAAGUAGAGUCUCGCCUGGUGGAACUGAGUGAUCUCAUUGAAUCCGUUCCCAAAGAAAACGUGGAGGCAAUUGAGAGGAUGAAACAGAACGACGGCAAAAUUAGGACAAUGUCUUCCCCUCUUGACAGGCUGCGUGAAGAGAAAGUGAAAGAAAAACAAAAACACCAGGAGGAAAGGCUAAAAGCUGCUCUGGAAAGAGCAGUAGCACAACCAAAGAAAAAGCUGGGAAGACAACUUAUCUACCGCUCAAAACCUCCAUCUGGUAACAAACGUGAACUACUUUUAGUCAAGGAUACAAGAACAAAAUCACUGGAGGAAGAAUAUUUUUUCACUUGA